AUGGUCUGCCUCCAAGAGACGAAACUGCACAACAUGGACCAGGCUGUUGUGCAAUGCUCGGUGGGUGCAAAACUCACAAACAAUUUUGUCGUCCUGCCGGCUGCCCAAACAAGAGGUGGCAUCCUUCUCGCAGCAAAUGAGCGUUUCUUCGACCUCUCCAACCAGCACCUGUCCACAAACGCUGUAACGGCAACUUGCACGAUGAGAGCAGAUGGGACCUCAUGGCAGAUAACAGUGGUCUAUGGACGGCACGCCGAAAAGCUCCAGUUCCUACAAGAGCUCAAAGCUAUCCGCCUAUCCCCAGGCCAGCACACGGGAGGUGGCUAA